AUGAAAGGAAGCAGUGAAAGUGAUCGUCCUGCUUAUUUAGUGAGGUACUGCGAUGGCACCGGAGUUUCAUCCAUUUGUCAGACAUACCGUGUAUUCGAAGCCUGCGAGUCCAUACCGAACCUUGGAUUUAUUUGUUGCUGUUCGGGAAAUCUUUGUAACUCGUCAACGCUAACAUCGUAUUUCACACCUUUGUUAGUCGCCUUCUUGUUCCUUCUCUAUCGAUAUGCUUAG